AUAUUGUUCACAAUCUUGUUGUGUGAUGUCCUCUCUUUAGCUAGAGCAUUUGCUUGUGUUUCUUUUAUGGAAUCGAAGACAAAUAUUAAAGAGUUUACAAUAACUCGGGUAACCUACUUAAUUAGCCAACUGAGUUAAACUCUCGUGAUUCUUAGUUUCUCAUCUAUAGAGAGUGUCCAAAUAUUUUUAAUUUUUAGGAGAGCAGCCAAUGGGGAGGUCAUGCUUUCCCAAAUGCAAGCUUGCCAGAAUAAUGGGUUGGAUACAGAUCAUUCUGGGAGGGUUGGUCAUCUUGGUAAGCCUUUUGAGUCUCACUAGAUUCUACUCAGCAGGAUUUUUCCUCCACAAUGAAGAUAUAUGCCAACACUUCUACAAUCUGAGGGAUGUUUCUGAUGGUUUUGAUGUCAAAUCAUUCUCUGAUAGAGUUGGAGAAGUGAUAGACAUGUUGGAAGCUUUGCAGGCCAAGCUUGAGUCAAAAGUUCAAGAAAUGGAGAAAAACAAAGGCACCAUGUUGGACAAGAAGUUUCUAGAGGAUCAAAUAGUUAGCCCUCUUCAUAGUGCUAAUGUUGCUCUAAGGCAGAUUCGGGUUCCCAAGGUUGAUGAAGGGACGAACUCCACAGUGAAGGAGGAUCAUUUGAUCAAUUUUUUCAUCAUUGAGGAAAUUAGAAAGUACAUAACCCCAAAGGAGAAUAGGGUUGGUAAGAUCAACCUAUAUGGGGCAGACAAGGUUUACAACACAAUAGGCCAUGCUUGUGUUUUGUACAAGAAAGAGUUAGAGAAGUACAUGGACUAUGACAUUGGCUCCUAUUGUGAUGAUGAUUGGAAUUUGGCUCAGAAGCUUAUGCUUAAUGGGUGUGAUCCUUUGCCUAGAAGAAGGUGUUUGACAAGGGCCUCAAAGGAGUACCAAAAGCCUCACCCCAUCAAUGAGUCACUUUGGAGACUACCAGAUGGAAGAAAUGUGAGGUGGGGGAAUUACCAAUGCAGAAACUUUGAGUGCUUAUCUAGCAAGAAUCCAAAGAGGGGUUACUCAAAAUGCAUUGGAUGUUUUCAAAUGGAAAAAGAAAAGUUGAAAUGGGUCACUAAUAAUAAUAAUAACUCACUUGUUGUGGACUUUUUGAUCAGUGAUGUAUUGGCAAUUAAGCAAGGAGAGGUUAGGAUUGGACUAGACUAUGGCAUUGGCACUGGCACAUUUGCUGCAAGAAUGAGGGAGCAAAAUGUGACAAUUGUCUCAACAGCACUCAACCUUGGUGCUCCUUUCAAUGAGAUGAUAGCACUUAGGGGUUUGGUUCCUUUGUAUGUCACAUUGAAUCAAAGGCUUCCAUUCUUUGAUAACACUAUGGACUUAGUGCACACCACUGGUUUCAUGGAUGGUUGGAUUGAUCUUUUGUUGUUGGAUUUUAUAUUGUAUGAUUGGGAUAGAAUUCUAAGGCCAGGAGGUUUGUUGUGGAUAGAUAGGUUUUUCUGCAAUAGAAAUGAUUUGGAUGACUAUAUGUAUAUGUUUCUUCAAUUGAGGUACAAGAAACACAAGUGGGUUAUUUCUCCAAAGUCAAAGGAAGAGGUAUAUCUCUCUGCAUUGCUGGAAAAACCUCCUAGAGCCAUAUGAACACAAUCAAUUUCUUGUCCUUCUUUUUUCUCCUAAUGUUUAUUUAUGUGGCUGUAUUCUUUGAUGUGUAAUCAAGAUUUUUUCUUUUCUUUUCUUUUGGAUAUCUUUCCUGGUACGGAUUUUUACCGGAAUAAAUUACAAAAAGUAAUGCAAUCUUCAAUGUGAUGGUUC